AUGCCAUCGUCGCUGCAGCCAGCAAAGGUGACCGGUGUGAAGGAGAUGGCUGUGGAUUCAAAGAGCUUGGUGCUCCGCCAAUGUGGUAUCUGCGAAGGGAAGGCCGAUGGUGCCGGAGCUGAGCCAGCCUUGGCCUUGGCCGAAGAAACAACCUGCACCAUCUUGGGCGAGGAAUUGUCUGAGCUCUUCGAGAUCAGCAUGUUCCCAUUGGAAUGGCGAAUGCCAUCGUGGCAAGUGGUGGAAGUUCAGCUGGGAAUCCAUGAGAAAACACUGGCAAUGGACACCCAUACGAAUCUGAGCGAAGACAAGGUCCUCAGACGGGAUGCAACUGGAAACGCAAUUGGCUGCGAACCAAUCACCAAAACUUGGUGA